AUGGAAGCAGCGACAAUUCGCGAACAUCGGCAGGGUACGAGUGGCAGCAUCUCUUCUGCUGCCAGUAGCUCCUCUCACAACUUGCUCGCCAAUCCGUUCGAAUUACGCCACGGCCGACGAUACCUACGCGAUGUACCUUACCCUCUGCCCUGCGACCUCUCAGAAAUACAACGCCAGUCGCUACGAACACUGCUCGGCGUCACAGUCCUCGGCAAACCAUCAUGCGUACCGAACGUUGAGAAAGAUGUACCGAAAAGAGUUUUGGAAUUAGGUUGCGGAAGUGCUUUCUGGACGGGUAGCUGCCACGAGUGGUUCACAAGCCUAGGAUAUCCCAACGUUGAGUUCGUAGGACUGGACUUUGCGCCGCUGGCACCGGAUCUUCGACGACAGGGCGUGAAUUGGAAAUUCAUACAGCACGAUUUCAGGCGCUACCCUUGGCCAUUUGAGAAUGGUCACUUCGACUAUGUCAUGAUGAAAGAUUUGUCUCUGGCGGUACAAAUGGGCUUUGAGACACAACGAUUCAUGGACGAAGUACUGCGUAUCCUGGCUCCGAAAGGCACACUUGAGAUCUGGGAAUCAGACCAUGUAUUGCGAUGUUUGCUACCACAACCAACGCCGCCCAAAGGCAUGACAGCAGAAGAAGAAAAGACGUGUCGAGACACAAAAACCUAUCUCAUUUCCACAGGCACGCCUUUUGCUCCUGCGCAAAACAGAUACAUAGCAGACUCGAAUACCUGGAUUCAUACCGCUUUGGACAAGCUCAACCUGCCAUCUCAACCCUGUACCCGCAUGGCCGAAAUUAUGUUCCAAGAAACCUCGCUCGUGGACGUGACUUCCCGCCGUAUCGCCAUCCCGCUAGGCCAGAUGCGCUGGGAAAAAGACUCGGAGGGAAAGCUGAUCCGCUCAGGCAGCAGCGGCAAUCUAUUUGGCACCAUCUCGCCAAAAGCAAGCAAAUCAAAAGCCAGCGGUGAGACAAUGCUCACAAAUGACCAAGCAGCCGCUCGCUCCACAGCCAUGCUCAUCGUGAUCCAAAAGAUCGAAUCAUUAGAACCAUUGCUUAGAGAAGCCAGUGGCAAGAACUCUGAAGAAUGGACGAGAUGGUGGGCUGGUAUGAUGGCUUCACUGCUCGAUCAAGAGAACAAUGGAGGUGGCAGCGAGGUGUUGGAGAUUGGAGCUUGGUGGGCUACCAAGUGCGAGGAAAGUGCUUGA